AUGGUGAAAAAGCUCGUUCAGUGGCUCCCACAUGCAUUGAGCGACGGCAACCGCCAAAGACGCCUAAACAUCUGCACUCAGCUGCUCUCCAGAAGCCGCAAAUUCGACUGGCUGGACACCAUUGUCACCGGAGAUGAAAAAUGGUUCCUCUACGUGAACCACACCCUCAAAAGUGCGUGGUGCGCUAGCGAUGAAGUGCCGGAUCCUUUCGUGAAAGGUGGAAUCCAUGAGAAGAAGGUCAUGCUGAGCGUCUGGUGGGGAGUUCAUCGAAUCUACCAUUUCGAACUGCUGCCGUACAACAUGACAGUUACUGCCGAGGUCUACUGCGCCCAACUGCAAAGGGUGGCCGACAAGAUCCGCAAGGAGCACCCGAAGCUCGAUAACAUUCGCCUGCUGCACGAUAGCGCGCGUUCUCACAUUGCGAAGAAGACUUCCCAGAAAAUUCAGGAGCUCGGGUGGAAAGUUCUACUGCACCUACCAUACAACCCGGACCUGGCCCCGGGCGACUAUCACCUCUUCCGAUCGCUUCAGCAUCACCUGGAAGAGAAGCGCUACGAUGAUCGUGACCUCGAAAAUGACCUUCGGGCUUCCCUCCAAGUCGCCGGAGCUCUGCGCCAAAGGAAUCCGUGA